AUGCAUAUCUCAAAUAAAUAAUCAGAAGAUUUGUCCAUUUAUCAUGGAAGUGAAAUACAAAAACUGUAGGUCCCUUCAAAGAUUGAUUACAGACAAAGUGCUGUGCCUGAUAACCCUUGCUAUAACUUUCGAUUUAGAAUUUUCAUUUUUUUCAGUUAUAUUGUGAUCACUCAAAUCGGUGAAAUCCUGGGUACACCAUAGGAUGACAUCAAAGGAAUAUUUGAUGUUGGACACAAUUGCACAGAAGGAAUCAACAAAUUAUAUCAUUCUCACACAUGGUUUGCUUCUCUGAUGCAAGUAAUCUCUGGCCUCAUUUUAGACUUUGCCUUUUUCUACGUCAGUCUUUAUUGGGUGUUAUAUGUCAGAAAUUUCAGACUGUUUGCUGCUUUAAUCAUAUUCUAUGGAAUCAGGGCAAUUCAUUUGAAUAUUUUUAAACUUCAGUUUGCUGAUAAUUACUAUUGGUAGGAUCCAGGAGUGCCAACCUUUGUUGUAAAAUACGGGAAUUAUUCAGAUUUCUUUUACUCUGGUCAUGUGGGAUUUUUGGUGAUUUGUGCAUUGGAGAUGAGAAAAUUGGGCAAGAAAUGGUUCGCCUUAUUUUUUUUUAUAUCAUCCUUCUUUUAAGCUUUUAUAGUUAUUUCUUUUAGAAUUCAUUACACAAUUGAUGUGCCAGCUGGAUAUAUUUUUGCACAUUACUUUUAUAACUAAGUUUGCUAUUGGGAAGUGAAAAUUGACCAUGCAUUAUAUUGGAUAUCCAUUAAAUGUUGUCCUGUUAAAACUCCUCAAUCAGCUACACAACCAACUAAAAUUCCUGAUUUAGAUACAGAAAAACCAUGA